GUGGAGAACAUUGCUACUAUCAGGGACAAAUUCGAGGAAAUCCUGUAUCAUUUGUUGCCUUGUCAACAUGCCAUGGACUUCAUGGGAUGUUCUAUGACGGAAAUCAUACAUACCUUAUUGAGCCAGAUGAAAACUACACUUCAGAUGAUGACUUCCAUUUCCACUCUGUUUACAAAUCCAAGUUGUUUGAAUUUCCCUUGGAUGACCUGCCAUCUGAAUUCUGGCAAAUGAAUACUACGUCGCAGAAGUUUGUUGUAAAACCAGGACACAAAAGAAGUAAAAGGCAGGUUCGCCAGAUUCCACGUAAAGUGGAAGAGGAAACAAAAUACAUCGAGUUAAUGAUUGUAAACGAUCAUCUAAUGUGUAAAAAGCACCGCUUAUCAGUUGGCCAUACAAAUAGCUAUGCUAAAUCAGUUGUCAACAUGGCAGAUUUAAUAUAUAAAGAACAACUUAACACCAGGAUAGUAUUGGUUGCCAUGGAAACCUGGGCUACUGAUAACAAGUUCACCAUAUCUGAAAACCCCUUGGUGACCCUACGUGAGUUUAUGAAAUAUAGGAGGGAUUUUAUCAGAGAGAAAAGUGACGCAGUUCACCUUUUUUCGGGGAGUCGAUUCCAGAGCAGUCGGAGUGGCAUAGCCCACACUGGUGGCAUCUGUUCCUUGCUUAAGGGUGGAGGUGUGAAUGAGUUCGGAAAACCAGACUUAAUGGCAGUUACUCUGGCACAGACUUUAGCCCAAAAUAUUGGCAUUUUCUCAGACAGAAGAAAACUAAUAAGUGGUGAGUGUAAGUGUGAGGACACGUGGUCUGGAUGCAUAAUGGGAGACACAGGAUAUUAUCUUCCAAGCAAGUUCUCCAAGUGUGAUAUUGAAGAGUAUCAUGAAUUUUUAAACAAUGGAGGUGGAGCUUGCCUUUUCAAUAAACCCACCAAGCUUCUGGAUCCUCCAGAAUGUGGCAAUGGUUUUGUGGAAGAUGGGGAAGAAUGUGACUGUGGGACUAUUGCAGAGUGUGCCAGUGAAGGAGGAGAGUGCUGCAAUACGUGCACCCUGACUGCAGGCUCCCAGUGCAGUAAUGGGCUUUGCUGCAGAAAGUGUCGGUUUGAACCUAAAGGAGUUUUGUGCCGAGAAGCAGUGAAUGAUUGUGAUAUUGCAGAGAACUGCACAGGAAAUUCCAGCCAGUGUUCUCCCAAUAUUCACAAAAUGGAUGGAUAUUCAUGCGAUAACAAACAGGGUAUUUGUUUUGGAGGAAGAUGUAAAACCAGAGACCGGCAAUGUAAAUAUAUUUGGGGUGAAAAAGUGACAGCUGCUGACAGGUACUGCUAUGAGAAACUGAAUAUUGAAGGGACUGAGAAAGGAAACUGCGGAAGAGACAAGGACUCUUGGAUACAGUGCAAUAAACAGGAUGUGCUUUGUGGAUACCUUCUAUGCUCCAAUAUAUCUAGUGUGCCCAGACUUGGAGAACUUGAUGGUGAAAUCACAUCAUCAGUCUUGCAGUUUGGAAAAGUAUACAAUUGCAGUGGUGGCCAUGUGAAGCUUGAUGAGGAGACGGACCUGGGCUACGUGGAGAAUGGGACGCCGUGUGGGCCGAACAUGGUGUGCUUGGAGCAUCGGUGCCUCCCCAGUGAAUCCUUCAACUUCAGCACCUGCCCAGGCACCACAGAAACCCAAAUUUGUUCAGGCCAUGGUGUUUGUAGUAAUGAAAUAAAGUGUGUCUGUGACCGAUUCUGGGGAGGAGAUGACUGCAGUUCCCGCAUCAAAGAUGAUAUGUUUUUUGAUAAAGUGGCCCUCAAUAAAGGUGUUGUUAGCACAAAUAUAAUAAUAGGGGCUAUUGCUGGCACCAUUUUAGUAUUGGCUCUCGUUUUAGGAAUAACUGGUUGGGGUUACAAAAAUUACAGAAGGCAGAGACAAAUACCCCAGGGAGAUUAUGUAAAAAAGCCUGGAGAGGCCGACUCUUUUUAUAGCGACAUGCCUCCUGGAGUCAGCACAAACUCUGCGUCUAGUUCUAAGAAGAGGUCGAAUGGAUUGUCUCAUUCCUGGAGUGAAAGGAUCCCAGACACGAAACAUGUUUCAGAUGUCUGUGAAAAUGGGAGACCUAGGAGUAAUUCUUGGCAAGGUAAUAUAGGAGGAAACAGAAAGAAAGUCAAAGGCAAAAGAUUUAGGCCACGGUCUAAUUCAACUGAGUAUUUAAACCCAUGGUUCAAAAGAGAAUAUAAUGUAGCUAAGUGGGUAGAAGAUGUGAAUAAAAACACUGAAGGACCAUACUUUAGGACACUUUCUCCUGCAAAGUCUCCGUCUUCAUCCACUGGAUCUAUUGCCUCCAGUAGAAAGUACCCGUACCCGAUGCCGCCGCUUCCUGACGAGGAGAAGAAAGCUAACAGGCAGAGUGCCAGGCUCUGGGAGACCUCCAUUUAGCUCCGCUCGUUCCCCAGGGUGACACCAGAACCGUUUGCUGCAGAUUUUGUAGGAACUCGGCGUCACUGAGUCGUUGCACAUUCAUCUGCUCUUCAGACAAUAUGAAAGACGAACAGACGCCGGCGAUCACGGUGACAACCUGCGCUCAUUUGGAAGGGAAAAAGCAGUCCUUUUUUGUUGACAAGGAUUUUAUGAAUUUGAUGUAAAGAACAACCAAAUCAUAAAAAUUAAGAAGGGAUAAUGGCUCUUCCGCAUGAUGACAAAUACAUUUAUAUAGAAUUACAGCCGCAGUCAAUUUACAAGUCCCAAGUAACAGCGGUUUUUCUUUGGUUUAAUGCAGUUUCAAAUUAGAGCAGAUCAGAAUUGAGAACAAGUGCUCUGAAGAGCGCAGCCGAUGUAAACAUGUACGCUGUAUGCAUGAACCUUGUGUUCUUUACUUUCCACAUGUAAGGGACAGACAACAUACUGUAGUAGAAAUUAGCAUGCAGGAGUAAGAAAUAUAGGAUUUUUGUGACAGGAUCUCGAGCUUUGAAAGACAAAUAUUUUACAUAAACUUCAAACGAACAAGGAUUAUAUCUUUUUUUUUUUAACCUUGUUUAUAAUCUCAGUAUACAGAUUGUAUAUAUGUAAACAUUUGAUAAUGUCAAAAAUAGCUGUUACACAUAAGUAUAUUUUGCCAAAUGCCUAAAGAAACAGUCAUGACUAACAUCACACGUCAAAUUUUUUAAUAUUAUGAGCAGACAACUUUGGAAAUACAGAAGAUACAGUACUGUAAAAGUGUGUCUCUUCAAAACUGGUGUUUGACCAAAAUCUACCCUAUCUUUUAAGUGAUUGACAAUCUCGGUUGUGUCAUGGAGUGCAGAAAUCAGAGUGCAGUGACUUUGUCUGAUACCAUCAUCAAAGGAACCAGCCAAAAUCCAUUGCUCAGUAUGAUGAGUAGUGUAGCCUCACACAGCUGUAACCGAGACUAGUUCUGCAGAUAGCAGAGAAAGAGUUUUUAACUACUGUUGAGUACAAACUUACUGGAAGUUUGGGAAUACUUGUAAGCAGGCAGUUCAGACCAUGGUGAUGUCAAGUCUUUUUUGGUGAGACUUACUGUAUAUAUUUGGUAAAGCAUUUCAGGCACCGUUUUAGAUGGCAAGGUGUAGCUUAUGAGAGGCAUGAUGAUUUCACUACACUAGAUGAUAAUACAAGCGCUAGGCAAGUAGCCAGUUUCUUUACUAUUUUUAAUUUAUCUUUGUUACUGGAAUCUCCUUUAGCAUGUGUUAGAAUGCUAUGCUGCCUGUCCUUGAAAUCCUCUUUACAAUUUAUUUGGGUCUUAAACUGAGUACAAAUGAAUUCAGCCAAAAAAAAAAAAAAAAAAAAAAAAAAGAUCCUGGAAACAACAUGCCUUUACCAUGGAAAUGCUGGUCUUGUGCAUAAAUGAGUGGUGUUAGUCUGACUGCCAGUGGUCCAUGUGUUAAGGGCUGAAUGAGAUGUUGCUCUUAAAUUUCUAAUACCUGAGACUUCUGAAGGAUAUUGUAAAGUAAAUAUGGUCUGUUGAUAGGAAAUCGGCAUUUGGUAAGAAAAAUGGGCAUAUUAAAUCAAUUUAUAAUUCUUCAGCUCUCCAGAAGUGACAAAUUCAUAGCCCCAGGUAGUAACAUUACAGAAUAAAACGUCUGUUUCUGUAAGAUUCAGUAGCAUACCUGGCCCAAUAGCUGGACGAACAAUUCGAUACUGUUAUGACAGGAACAUCCAAGGUGUUUCUGAAUCUUCUACCUCUUUCAUAUAUUUCCUUUAGUAAGUGGACCCAACACUUGCAGCCUUUUAAUAUAUUUUUUUUUUUUUUAACUUUUAUGUCUCUUGGUAAAGUCAAAUAUAUAUAAGGUUAAAUAAAAAAAAAAUUUAAACAUGUCAGCAGCUGUAAAGUAUGUAAGAUUUUUAGACGCACUGUAUUUUAUGAUUUAGACUGUGUGCUGAAUUAUAACAAAAUAUUGGCCUUGAAAUGAUUUCCUUCACAGUCACAAGGUUCUGGUAAGUAUUUAGGGGGAGGACAAAUGAGUGAGGACAGUUUGCAGACAGACCGUCUGGAAGGAGCCUGUCACUUCUCAUUGCUUUAGGGAAAAAAUCUGCACUUUUGUGAAGAGUAAAUAUCUGUCAGCACUGAAGAAUAUUUUUUUGCAAAGAUUUAAUUUGAAUGUAGGUAGCUGGAUUAAAGAUGGUUGGUAGUGUAUAGUUCAUGAAAUCAGGGCUGGAGCCAUAAUCACUUGAAGUCAAUAUAAGUCUUUUAUUGAUUUCACUGGACUUUGAACUGGACCCUCAACCCCGAUUAGGAAAUAUCACUAACCCAAUAGCCUCUAUGUUACUCUGUCACCUGGAAGCUGUUUUUUCCUUCCGUCUUAGUGUCUUGUCCUUAGUAACUGGACUGUUUAUCAUGUGCCUUUUAUGAUACUUUGUUUGAAUACAGAUUGGCAUGUAAUUUUGGAUAAUCCCAUUACAUUCUGUGGCUAUUUCAUGUUUACUAUCCUUUACUCGUCCCUAUCCCCUUUCCCUUGUCAAGAAGCAGCAAGAUUUGGGAGACAGAACUGAAUGUAACAUACUGGGCUGUUUGUGUAAUGUUUGUAGCUUGUUUUUAAAACAAGGCACUCUCCUGACUCUCUUUCAGUGAUGUACCACGUACUUUCAGCUUCUCUCUUGUUUUGGUAUCUUUCAUUCCUAGCAUUUGACGAUACAGCUAUGUGCUUACAUUAAUUUUAGCAGUCACUCUCACAUUUGGAGAUACGCAGUGACUGGAAGUCUAGUGAGUACUAACUUUAAAUUAAAUAAAUACUGAUUUUCACUUGGAUGAGGUCAAGAGAGUGAGAACAUCAUGAAACUUUGCCUUUUGCAAAAUUGUUCUGCAGGGAAUUUUGCACUGAGUUGGUAACUUGGAGACAUUAAGUUGUUGCGCAAAACCUGAACUUGUAGGGCUGUAUGAGCCUCUACAGCCAGUGGAUGUGAAAGAGAGAAGUUGUUUGGUGGUUACAUUCUAUGGUUUUCUACUUUUAAAAUGUAGUGUGUUUGAAAACUGCCAGAUUAGUAACCCUGGAGAUUGCAAAUAUUUUUAUUUAACCACAGUAGUUACAGUUAUAUUGGCAAUAGCAAUAUUAAAUUGCCAUGUAAUACCUCACCCAGUGUAAAAUGGUGUGUUUGUGUGGUCAGUAAGGUAGUUCAGUCAUGCUGACUCAUUCACAUUCAGACUUUUAUUUGCUGAUUUUAUUUUUAUUUUCCUAUUUUUAAUAAAUGAAGUUGUUCAUGGUUGUAAAUACCUGCUGAAAUGGGGAGGUCGUCAGUUCAUCUCCAACACAUUACAAGUAGUUGUCCAUGUUAGCAUAGGAUUUGCAGGAUGAGCUAUACUUACUUAAUGUAGUGUUGUGUAUUUCAGCAUGUGGGAGAAGAAUCUUGUAUAAUUUAAAAUAAUAUGAUUGACUGCUGGAGACAAAAAAAAAUAGAGAUUAUAUCCAAAUAAUAAUGCUGCAGUGUGAUACCACCAUUUUACAGUUAAAAGUUUACCUGCAUAGUCUGGAUUUGUUGAGAUGAGAACUUCAGUAAUCCAUACUGUAGAAUAUGUUUUGAUGAAUAUAUUUAGACGGUAUGCUAGAAAAUGGUUGUGAUUGAUAAUUUACAUGUAAAUUUGUUAUAUUACUGUUGUAAUAUAAAUAGUUUUAGUUUUUAAAGAAAUUGUUCAGUAAGUAUAUCUUUGCCUCAGUGUGAACUUGCAAGUCACUACUUGCCAAUUAUGUGAUUUGAAAUGUGACAUAUGUCUUUAAAGUUAGCCACUUCUAAAUGAUUUAAGAGUUUUGUUCUUGGUUUAUGAGAUCUUGAACCUGUUAAGCUGAUUCCCUCCAUUAAAUACUUUUGAUUGUACUAAUAAUCAAAUGGACUAUUGGGCUAUAGCCAGAAUCAAAAUAAGAAAAAAAUACCCAACUGUGUCAACAGCCAAUAUGUACCCAAGUCCUCUUAUCUGACUCACCAUUGCUGAUUUUAAAUGAACUGGAUUGUCCUGUCAACAUUAAUGCAAUGUCUGUUUUCAAAACCAGGGCUAAGAAUAGCUACAUAUGCUGUGACAAGUAUGUGUAUACUUCUGACCAAAUUUGCAAUCAUUUCACUGCUUAGUAUCGUGGCUAUAUGCAGCAUGUUUAAUGAUCCGUCAGGUUAUGAGAACGCAUGAUGUUUGCCUUUGCCAAUAGGACAUAAAGUAAACCAGUUAGGAGGCUCCACAGUCAGAUGGGAUAACAGGUUUGCUCCUCAGGCUUGCUUUGUCACCAAGUCCCGUACCCAGCUGUUGUAAAUAACCUUACCAAACUCCAGCUUGAAACUAGGCAAGCUCCUCUUCCCUUCCAUCUCCCUGCCCGCUCCCCCCUCCCCAGAAAGCAUUUCCUUGAAGGAUAGUUACAUCCACUAGGAGCAUUGUGUGAUUGCUAGUUAAGAUCAAGCUUAACCAGCUUCAAGAGAAGCUGAUGUUACAAAGGUGCUAUGAAGGUGGAAGCCUUUCCCCAUGAUGUCCUGGAUAAGGUCUUUCCAGUGCUGUUUACGGUGCUGUAAAUAUAUUUCUUGCCCUUGCUAGAGUGUAAGUAAUUGAUAGAGCCUCAUGUCUCAUUUGCAAUUUACACUAGUUCAGCAUUUGGUGUCUCAGUCAUCCUGUGUAAUUCUCAUCCUCUACCAUUUUCCAAGGAUGAGUCGCUUUAAUCACUGAGUCUGUUAACCUGAAAGCUGUGCUGUGUUCUCCUAUUUCCCCUAUUCUAAGUCUCAGGACCAUCUGUUUCUUCCUCUGAGCUAUCUGAAUAUCUGUGUCAUUAGCAAGCCCUGUGAGCCACACUUACCAACCACAGUGUGAGGCUGGUAACUCAUUUUUAAGAGCUUGAGCAUUCUGGUCUCUUAACUUAUCUUUUUGGCCCAGCAUAGACUGUCCCUCUGACUGCCGCUGCCCUGCUAUUUGCACUGCUUCUAAACCCUGUGACAUAUGUUGGGCAGUAUGAGAUUCGGCUUCCAUUUUGAUUUUGGCCUUUUCCCCGCAGACAAAUAUGUACAGUUUUAUUGUCCCAGGAUUGCAUGGUGGAGAAGAGUUCCUAUGUGGACAUAACUGUUAGACUAAUAGAUCAGGAAAGAAGAAAACAGUGAACUGAUUGUGAAGACAUAGUUGCAAGAUAAAAAGGACUCUCACGAUAUGCUAAGAAAUUAGAAUAUCUGCUGGUCCAUCUACACUAAAAAACUCCUUUGGGCUGAAUAUUUUCCAAGUUAAUUUAUGAAAAAUAUUUUUGGUGACUCAAGUAUGGAUCCUGAUGUAAACUUUGGCAAGAAGUAGCUCUCACGGCCAGCAGGUGGCAUCUUGUCAUUCCACAACCGUUUUCUUCAGCUAUUCAGAAGACAGUCAUCAACAUAAAUAUGGUAUCUGAGACAAGUAACCAAAACAAGCAGUGAAAAUAAGUUCGGAACACAGGAAAGUGUUUGUUCUCGCACACUUGAGAAGCUUUGUACCUGACUUUAAAAUUGGCCACGUCUGGUGUUUUAAAUCUCUAAAAUCAAAUCCACAUCAGUUACAAAAUCACUUUAGAUGAUCCAACUAAAAUCUGUUUAGAAAAUUUCUACUACGUAGACAGGCCAUAAUUACAAUAUUACUUAGACUGAGAUAAGGAAGAUUGGGGAAAAUAAGAGGAGAAAAGCAGUAAAAACAUUCUCUGAAAGGAGAAGAAUAGGUAUCUUAUACUAUUUUUAACUAUUAAAGCAUAAAAUUUCAAAGCAACAAGAUAACUUUUUGUUUCUGUAUUUCUCAAAUAAAAAGAAGUUUUGAUUAAAGAAAGAUUAACUUGAGGCCUUAAGACCUUAUAUAUUCUAACUUUAGCAUGCAGAGUCUAUUUUUACAACCAAAUUAGAAAUUCCUGUAUAUAGGCCUGACAGACCUUGUAAGUAGAGUGGUGCUAGCAGCUAAUCAUGCAAUAUUGUAAGGCUCUGUGUAACAGUAAAUACUGAUUUAUUUUGAUUAUUGGUACAAGGACUCCUGCUCACUGCCUGUGUAGAGAAUCUGCGUAUUUUAUGCUUGGAAAUAGAGUCCAGAACAUACUCAAACUGUGAAUAUAUAACCUGAUUUUUUUUCUUAAGGGUAAAGAUAUAUUACAAUAUGUAGUGUUUUAUAUAGAAUACAAUACUUAUUUUUAUUGUUGCAUAAAUGCAAAAUAUUUUUUUCAGAAUAGCAAGACAUUACAGAAUUUUUAAUCUGCUGGAGAAAACACUAUUUACAGUAUGACCAGUUCUUUCAGCAAAGCUUUGGGGGUAGAAUAUACCAGUUGGCUCUGCCAGCUUCAUUUUGUGCUAAUGUUGAUCUUGGGCAUUGCUGUAAGAAAAAGCUAUCUAUUUUUUCACUGAUGUUAGCCCCUAUUGGUAAAAUGUUUAGAGAGGUAAGGAGAAUCUUGUUUCACCACUGGGACCGGGCUAAUGUUAGCAAAAACAAUCAGUCUACAUCGUAUUGUUGUAUUUGCUAGUCAAAACCCUUUAAAAACUUUUACAUGACAAAAUAGAAACAAAAGAUUUUGACAAACACCAAAAUGAAGCAUUGCAAUUUACAACUUUGUAGCUUUGAGUGUGAUAUUUUUGUCAUAAACAUUACAGGCAUUGGGCUGUUGAAGUGAAUGAAUCUGGCUUUCAUGUAGCUAAACAAAACGUUGCUUUUUAUAAAUAAAACCAUUGUAAUUUGGGAUUCUAAAUUCCUGCUCACUUUUAAUAACAGCAUCACAAUAUCCACUUCUAUGAGAGUAUUUAAUACAAUGCCUGUGGUUUUCAAUGUAACUAACAUAUUGUAACAUCAGUAAAGUGACUUUCAAUGACAAA